AUGUUGUAUCUUGAACAUCUUGCCGAGUAUAGGCGGAACCUAUCUGAAAUUAUUUUACAGAUAAGCGGGCUGGAUCUUGACAAACAGAAUGUCCAAGCUAUAUUUGCCCCAUUUCAGAUCUCAGAGGAUAAUUUCACCAUAGAGACUUUAUUUAUGUAUCCUCAACUUAUACCAAGACAAUAUAGAGUAAGCAUUAAUCGCUUGAAAUCUCUACAGAGAGUGGUUCUAUAUGAUUAUAGGCCUUCGCAACUAGCGACAGCUCUCCAAGCGCAAGGGGUAGAGAACUUGAAAAUCAAAGAAUUGCAAAUUUUCACUACCCUUGCUAAAAAUGAUACUACUGGUUUGGAAUACUUGAAAGAUCACUUUGAUUUGGAAUACAUUACCUUGUUGGAGUUACUAGUAAAAAUUCCACGAGUUACCAAGACAUUGAAAAAGAAAUUCAGAAGGUUGUUUUCUCAAAUGGUGAAUGUCAAACACUUAUUUUUAUCACGAGAUAUCGUUCAAAUUGAAAAUAUCAUGGACCAAAUCCAACCGAAUACAAUUGAAACAUUUGCAACUACAUUUUGCACCUUUGCUGAAGUCCAAUAUGCUUUACGAAAUCAGGAGAACUCAGUGGUGACUAUUAUACGAGAUGAUGAUUCGAAAAUUGGCUGUAUCAAAGGGCCAUUUCGCUUUGUGUUCUGCAGGGUGUUGGCAAUGACAAAGGAAAAUUCUGCAUUCGUUAAAUCGAUUCAAGAAAAUGGAAAAAGAUACCCCAAGUUGAAAGGAAUAAUUGCUGAUAUGUGCUAUUACACCAUUGAAAGGAACGGAUCAGAUACUGGCCUAAAACUAAAACGUAUCAGUUGA